UAGCGAUCGCGUGAUAUCCGUUAUCGCCCGAGUUCUUAACGAAAAUUUGUUCAUUUCUAUGGGUAAAUCUUCAGAUAAAAAAAAAAACGGUGCAACAUCUUCACGAACAUGGUCUACAAAUAUUGAUUGUGGUAUACAAAUGUUAGAAAAUGUAAUUUAAAUAUUCAACGAAUAAGAGUUUUAUUUACAUUUGCAUUUUUUAGAGGGGACUGAGGAAAUGUUUAUUCAGUUUAAUUCCAAAUCCAUAAAUUUGUAUGUAUCAUUAACGGAAUUGCAUGAAAAAUAUAACUCCACGAUUAGAGCCAUCUCGGCUGAAAAUAGUCCGAUUUACGUGAGAUGAGGUAUCAUUUUUAACCGACUUCGGAAAGGAGGACGUUACUCAAUUCGACAUGAGAUAAGGUAGCUCCGAUCUCUGAUGCUUAAAAUUACGAAGUGUUAAGGAUUUCGAGCUCAAAGACCGGAUAGGCAGCUGCCACGGGACGCGUUUCCCGCCAACGAGCGAACUCGCACUUGGUGGGGGUAGCAUACGCUAUCGUUACUAGGACAACGGGCCAACGGGUCUCGUCGUAUGAUCAUGAAGUCUGCAUGGCGGGAAAGAUGCGAAGGGAAGGGGUAUCGACGGAGAGAGUCCAAUGGCUAGCCGGGAAGUAGGGACACGCGCGCGCAAAUCUCUCUCUCUCUCUCUCUCCCCCUUCCUCUUCGCGCGACACAUGCAGCCAGUCUCGUGUUUGUCUCCUUCUCGUCUUCUUGUCAGACCUCUGUCAAGCCGGCUUCCGAACAUGGUUGGCCCAGUCGCGUUCUGAACGUCGUACGGCGGGGUUCGGUCGGUUCUCGAUAAUGAAACGUGAAUGACAAGAAACGUGUCGCGUUGCUUCUACAGACUUUUCGCUCGUUGCAAAAGAACUGGAAGUGAACCAAGUGUAAUAUACUUUCUAACCUAAAAAAAAAAAAACGAGAGAAGAAAAAAAGACGAAAGCUUCGUCGAUCUCUGGACUCUGUUGCUCGGCCGAUAGUUGACGCGUGCAGGGAAUGUCGCGAAUGAUUUAUGUCGAACCCGCGCAAAAAUAGAUCCGCGUAUACGUUUCGACAAAAUUGCGCGUAGAGUAAUAAUAACAAAGUUGUUCGCGGUUCAAAUUUUAAAGGAGACCGUAUGCAGGGUGGGGGGAACGGAGGGGCGAGAGUGUCAAAGAGCAGCAGGGGGACGUGAAAUUGCUUCGCAAGUCCCGUCAAAUGCAGCCGCGCUGGGAACGACGUCAGGGCACGUCAUCGUCGUCGAUGUUGUUUUUAUUACGAUCAUCGACGUCGGAACGGUUUCGUCCGAUAAAUGGGGAAAAAAUAAUAUCGUGUAAGGUUAUUGAACAACCGAUUACCGCAGCUUCGCACGUUGCCGCGAUAUCUAGAAUGCGGGGUGAAAAUCUUUCUUCUCGUGUCGUUUAAGUCUCGUCAUCCAACGAAGCGGAAGCAGGGAUGAAAUAGAUCGUAAAUCGAAGUGUUACAAAGUGAAACGUACGGCAUUUGCGAUAAUCAUCAUGACCCUUCGAACAGAAUGACACGAAUGGACCAAAAUGGGACGUGUAACGAUUGGAGAAAAUAUGGACGCACACGUAAUGUUUUGAAGUAACGGAUACUCGGUCGUCGAAAUCGUUGAUUACAUAUUCGGUGCUCUGUCGAAACAUAUGCGCAUCAUCGAACCUCGCACAUCUUGACGAAUAGAAGUGUCUGUGACAUGCUACCGCCACCGGCUAUGCAUUUGGAACAAAAAGCCAGUACCGAAAAAUUGACAGACCGAGCAACAGCAGCAACAGCAACACCGUCGCCGUCAUUCGCGAAAUUCCGAUUGUCGUCGCACGGUAUUGCCAUUGUCGUCGUUGACGUUACCGCACUGUAACGAUAACUCGUCGGCGUCCCAGCAUACGAAUAUGUUUGCAACAGCAAGGGAACGUUUUCCUUCGUCGAGCAGUACGGACGACGACCAAAGCGGUUCCGACACGGAACACGACUCGAACGCGUUGCGCGGCAAAGUCCACUCUGGAAUACUUCACCACUCCGGUCAGCAUUCCGUGAGGAAACGCCGAGGGAACCUGCCGAAACACUCGGUGAAGAUCCUGAAGCGAUGGCUUUACGAGCACAGAUACAACGCCUACCCGAGCGACAGCGAGAAGCUUACGCUCAGCCAGGAAGCGAAUCUCACGGUACUUCAGGUGUGCAAUUGGUUCAUAAACGCCAGACGACGAAUCUUGCCGGAAAUGAUACGAAGGGAGGGGCACGAUCCUCUUCAGUACACGAUAUCCCGUCGCGGUAAAAAGAUGCCCGCAGGAAGUCACCAACAAUCCUCCAACCUUGGUUCGAGAACUAAUCAGAAUUGGGACUCGUUGGCUGGCAUGAGUGCACCGAAACGCAGCAGGGACCACGACUACGAGGAUCCCGCUGGAUUGAUGUACCGGAGCGAGGAGGACAGUCCAAACGAUUACGAGAGCAGUUCUCACAGCGAGGAGGAACGUCCUACGACCCAGUGGCCAAGCGUGAUAGUUUACCCUUACUCGGAGACAAAAAUCGAGCAGAACGUGGGGCAACUUGGUGCUUACGAAGAGACGAUUGCCCAUCCGGCACGGCGAGGGGACGAAGAUGAAUCUUCCAUGGGGAACGAAGCUGCGUACUGGAGCGCGCCCAGACAGCAUCUCAUUCAAACCCCCGAUGUUCAGCAUGAAACCGAAGUGUACAGUACGCGUAACGCUCAUAGUCCUCAUACGGAUGAGACGCCGCCACCAACGCCACCCGAAGAGGAUAAAGACAAGUUCAAGUGUCUUUACUUACUGGUCGAAGCAGCUGUUGCCGUGCGACAACAGGAAAAGGAACGCGAGGGGGCCGUACCGGUUUAACAAGAGCAACGGCGUUGCUCGUCGUUUACACCAACCUUCUUUAGCUUCCAAUUCCAUUACCUCAUGGAGAACACAGAACAAUCCUUCCGCUAUAGCGUUGCCGUCGUGACGAUUCUCGAGUCUCGCUCGAUAUGAAUAUUCCUUCCGUUGUUCCUCUUUCUCGCAAUUACGAAAUGCGUGAACCAAGCGGAAAGCGAACGCAAUUCGAAGCAAUCGUUUCCUUCCGUGCUAUCGUUUCUUCAGCAAUUGAGACGAAAGCUCUCCUUGCGGUACUGACAAGAGGAGAAUUUUAAAAAAAAACCCUCUCGAGACUCGAAGAACUAAAGAUAACUGGCUAAAAAUAACCAAACGUUUUCUCAACUUAUAUAUAUGAUGACAAUGUUUUCGAAAUGUUGUGGACUCUUUUUUUUUUUUUAUCGUACGCACACACGUACGUGGUUCAUGUUCACAGCGAGUGCGAUGUUUCUAAUACGCGCGUUCAACAUUUUCAAAGAUAGUUUGAACUUUCAGUAUUUAAACCGCGUUUUUUCAAGGCACAAGUUCUUACCAAACGGGAAACGAGUUUUAAAGGUGCAGAAGGUUCCCGGGAGUUAUUUUUCAAGAGACUGAAGUGCAGGUAUCGAUCAAAUUAAACGUAUCGAAGAGUACGUACACUACUCGCGCACGAAUCCUACACAUGAAACGACGCACCGGACCAACAACAAAACGGUUUCGUUUUGUUUUGCUUUUUAUGUGCUUCCGUCGAUGCGUCGUGAAUAAAGAAAACGCACGAAAUCGACGGUGAAACGAGUGCCAAAAUUUUCUACCGCAAGUGAAAAGUAACAACCAAGUGUAACAAGAGGAGAUGUCGGUCGGAUGUCAAUUUUCAUAUAUUCGUCGAAUUCUACGCACCGUGUUACCCGUAAAUUCGGAAUAUUGAAAUCGCCAUCUUCGUAACUAUUACUAUGCCACGGAUGCGUGUCUCUUUUUUUCUAUUAACGUACAGAGGAAGAAAGGGAGAACGGAUAGGAGGGACGAAACGGAUUACGUGUGUCAUCGAUACGAACCGGAAAGAAUAUUUGAGAAUUCAUAAGUAUCGCUUACGUCUUUCAAAAAAGUUUUAUAUGUUGCCAUAUAUUCCCUCGCUAUUCAUAAACAUUCACAAUGAACGUAUGUACUUCGAAUCAGUUUCCGUGUACGUUUCCACCAUAAUAUUUUGUCAGGCAGGAACUAGCCAAAGAACAUUGAAAGCAUUUCGUUGCGUUCUGUUUUUUUUUUAAUUAUUAUUAUUAUUAUUAUCAUUAUUAUUACUACUAUUACUAUUAAUAUUAUUAUUAUUUUGUUCUUUCUUUUCUGCCGAGAUUAGCCAUUGUAUCGUAUAACGUUAAUGAUUGCGUGUGCCUUUCCUUCUAUAUUACAAGGCCGCACAGGGCCUAAAUGACAAGUACGUUACGUUACUUUACGCAUAUUGUUUUUACCUUUUCUUUCCCUCGUGGUUGUUAACUGUUACGGCAUUACGCACUGAUCGAUAGCAAUUGCGACAUUGAUUGCGUUUAUCUUCGCAUUUACGUUAGACGAAUAAGACUGCUCGAGAAGAGAUUCGUUCAUCCGUUCGACGCGUUCGAUGCAUCUCUCUCCCUUUCCUCCUAAAAACGAUUGCCACGGUACUGACCAGUCGAACACUACCGAUCGAUCGUUUGUUAAUUGCGCGUCGAUCGUAUUCCUUCCCCUCCCCUAAGAAAAGAAAAGGGAAGAAAUCGUUGUCUAUUAUAACACACGAUGAAACACGGAGACACGCAAGCCGCUUGUUAGUUGCAUUAAAAAUAAUAUACACCGAGCGAAAUAUAAGCGCGUGCGUGCCUAUCAAAAGAUACGUGUAUAGAUGAUAAGUACGUAUACAUAGAUUUAUAUUAUACAACCAUAUUGACGGUUGAAAACGUAUGUUAUUAUACAAGUUCGAAUUGUGAGAAGAUUCGUUAAUUGGGGAUCAGCGUCGUAAAACACGGAUCGCGAAUAGAAAAAUCAUUGGUACAAACGCCAAAGACUUAACUGUUAGCUCUAUCGAUAAUUAAGUUCAUUUAAAUAAAUUUCGAAUAGACGAGUCCUUUUUGUCGAAAGAAAAAAAAAACGAAUAUAGGUAAUAAAUGUGUUCGUUGUGUGUCCGAGCGUUUGCAAAAAGAACAUUCGUUAAAGAUGUAGAAGCGGAGAUUGUAGGGUGAGGGGGAUUUAAAAAAAACGAAGAGUGAGAUAGAAGUGGAAGAAGCAGGCGAAGAGGAAAACGAAGAAAGCAGAAGGUGUUGGAAAAUUGUGCCUAUCGAGCGUGUAUUACCGCGUUCCUUGUUGUGUAUAUCGCGUGGUGAAAGUGUGAAUGUAGAUGCGAGCGUGAAUCGAUGCGGCGAAACGUGUAUCGCGUGUUUACCAACACGUUUAUAGAACGUGAAUUAUCCGUGCACGUAUACGCAUCGACGCGCGAGCUAGAUUCAAAACCGUGUUCAAACAAAACAAAGUUCUUCGAUGUACAAAAUACGAUUCAAAUUUAUUUUUAAAUCGCGAUAAUCCUCGCGGUCGCCAAGACCGCCUCGUUACAAAACUGUUAGGGGAAUAAUUUGCAUUAGGGUUAAGGAUAGAUCUCUCUCCGACGGAAAAAAAAAUGCAAGUCUACGAAAAACGAUCUAUCGCGCUCGCGCGAAGAAUAAACGUGGACAACAACGAGGAUGAUGAUGAUGAUGAUGACGAAGACGAAAACGGCGAAUAACGACGACAAAGACUUAACACACAAAAUACGUAAAAUAUGUGCCACGAUCGAGAGCCGUCGUUGUUUAUGCGAUUUCAUCUUUCCCGGUACGUUCGUAAUCGUCUGUUCCGUGAGCGAUUAUACAUAGCGUAGCGCAUGUUCUCGAAUCCAUUUCGCGUUCUCUUGCCUUCAGGCGCAAAGAUUUGGGAGGGGAAAAGCAGAGACGAGAUACACACGUGUGAACCAAGAUUAUUCGUAUCGAAGCAUCGAAUCUUCAGAGUUCCUAAAUCGUUUUUUAAUGUUUACAUUAUCGGAGAGACGAACGGUAACAGAAAACAUGGACGGACGCGUACGCGAGUGCCGCCGAAUCGAUAUCGAGGCGCGAUGUUAUUAAAACGGAAAAAAAAAGCAAUAAGUGUGCCUUGUUCGGGCGUUCUAAACGCGUACCGAUAAUAAUAUUUAACGAAAAUUAACGUCGAAACAUUCGCCGAAUUCGUCGAAUUAUUUCUAACGUAUUUACUACUUCAGGGAAAAAACAACUUUUUAGUAGGGAUGGUAAAACGAAGUUUAAAAAAAAAAAAUGGAAACAUAUCUUUCGCAUCCUCGUUUUGAUAAACUCUUACUUUUUUUUUUUUUUUUCUUUAGGAGAUACGUAAAAAGUUGUAUCGGUUUAGAUGCGCGUGCGAAACCGCAUUAUGUACAACGCUGUUUCGAACGCCGCAUGAUUUUUUCAGCGAAAGAGUAUCGUGACAUUGGAACAGAAGCAAAUCGGAGAAAAAGCGUCGUUUAGGAAUGGAAAAUGACUCCCCUGUAAAGAAAAAAAAACAGACAACGAUUCCUCCAAAUCAGCAUUUAUUACCAGAGUAGAAGAGGGAGGAGCGUGUGUGUGUGUGUGUUUAUAAGAGUGAAAUAGGGGGGGGGGGGGGAGCGAGAAGGGAGAAAAAGCACGAGCAGACACGUGUCGUUUCAUCUUUCUACCGUUCAUCGAACAUUGAAGGGCAUGCAUCCUUUCGUGUAAACGUUUAAACAAAUUGAGUAACAAAUUCUCGUACAGUUUUUUUUUUUGUCUGCUAGUCGUGCUUACGCGAAGACGAAAAUGAGAAUGAUCGCGCGUACGAUAUGCAGGGCGAUAGAAAGAAGGAUCCAAGAAUCGGGGGGGAUCGUACCGUUCGAUUAAUUUCUUAAAAUAAGUAGAAGAUGUCCAGCCCAGGGCAAGAUAGUUCCGUAAAACCAACUCUGCCAAACCAGUGUAUCGAUUUUAUGUGCCAGUAGUGUAAGAGGAUUGUUUCGUUUAUAGUGUACAGGGGGUGAAAAUAGAAUUAUCGUCGAUCGCCUACUCUUAUAUUUCCUUGGGACAAUCUUGGCUCAUUUUAAACGACUAUCGGUACACCCUUAAGUUCUAGAGUUUCUUUCUAUCUUCCUGUGUACGUACAAGUAUAAACAUACGUGUACACAAGUUUUACAUAUACAUAUAUGUAUGUAUGUACGCAUGUAUGUGUAUUUGUAUGUAUUUGAAUACAUACAUCCGUGUACGCGCGUAUGGGUUUUUGAUUCAAUCGUUGCGAUUCGAGUCACGCAGAAGGCCGAAAAAAAAAAAAUACCGUGAGGAAGUUCUAGUUGCAAAAGAUUAUUCUUUGGAUUCGAAACGAGCGAUACAACGUUCGAUUAAAAUUUAGUAUUCUUUAAGUUGAACCGCACACGCGUAUAUCGGGUGCCAUAAAAGAAACGGUGUGCUUGAACCGUAACGUUAAUGUCACCGGGUAUUAACCUAGGGUGUAAUUCUGUUUCAUGAUAAUGUUAUUAUUUUUCGGCGGUAAAAGUGCGCAUUGUUUUGUCUCAUUUUUUUUUUUUCUUUCGUACGCGGUGUUAAUUGUACGUAACCCCGCCUGCCCGCGCGCGCGCGUAUGAACGUCACAAAAAGUCCUGACACCGAUUUGCCCCCAGGACCGUACCUUAUUUUGCAGUGCGUUUCCUAGCGAUUUUUUAUUUUUCUCGUUUGUUGACUAUUGAAAACGAAGAAAAUUUCUGAUCACGCGGAAACUUAACUUAGAAUCCAGAUUGUUUCGAUUAACCACCAAUUCAUCCAUGGAUUACCUUGGUUCGAUAGACUUGAGUCAGGAUUACGCACGGCCACUCGCCCACGUGGGUUCUCCGAGUAAUUUAGAAUUAGUAAUACUGUAUUGUUCGAUUCGCAGAUUUACAAUAAAGUACGUUGUGAAUUUUAUUAUUAA